AUGACGAGCGGCAGAAAGGAGCCCGAGGCACCUCCCUCGUCCGCGCAGCAAACACCCGUCAAACCGCGCACCCGCAGAGCUUUUCCCUUCCCUAGGCAGGGGGCGGCUGACCUCAUCGUGCGGCCUGUCUACGACCAGAACACACCCAUCACUGGCGAUAAGAGCAAUCCCUUCGGCCUUCCGUCGAAUCUGGAGGAGCAACGCGAGGCGUGGCGCACCCUCGUCCCGUGUCAUAACAACCCAAGGGAUCUGAACGACGAGAUCUUCACAGUCAAGAAGAUAUCGGACCACGCGGGCAAGAAGGCGCGGCUUGCGCCUCCUCGCAGUAACCGCCUCCAGAUCCACACUAGCGCACGAUUCUUUUCCGAGAUGGCUGCAAAGUGUCUCGCCCUGAUACUGAUCGUGCAGCAUGGGGAAGGAAGCGCAAAACAAGGCGAGCUCGACUACAACUGGGCCCUCUGUAGGGAGGUGUUCGGAGACCCGUUCACCCAGUAUUAUCGUAACUUUGUCGACGGCCUGCGCCCCCGCAUCAACGACAGGCGCGACCAGUGGACCGUCCAGACUGUUAGCAUGGAGGCGAUGAAGGCGUGGAUCACGACGCAGGGUCCGUGCCCAGUCGGCUGCCAGGUCCUGCCCCGUCAGCCUGCAUCUUCCAAGGCUGCUUCUUCGUCCCGCCACAAGACUGCGCCCCGCGCUGCGUCUUUUUCGACUGUCACCAAGUGA